UCCCCGCUCGACAGAAGCCGCCUCCUCGAUUGCAGCACCAGCCGCACCCCGGAGACACGAUGGUGAAGGUCUGAGUGAAGGGAUUUGGCCGUAUUGGCAGCCUGGUUACCAGGGCUGCUAUUAGCUCAGGCAAGGUGGAGGUUGUGGCCAUCAAUGACCCCUUCAUUAACCUCGAAUACAUGGUCUACAUGUUCCAGUAUGAUUCCACCCAAGGCAAGUUCAAAGGCACCGUCAAGGCCGAGAACGGGAAGCUGGUCGUCAACGGGAAGCCCAUCACUGUCUUCCAGGAGCGAGACCCUGCCAACAUCAAGUGGGGUGAUGCUGGUGCCGAGUAUGUCGUGGAGUCCACUGGCGUCUUCACCACCAUGGAGAAGGCUGGGGCUGACCUGAAAGGGGGUGCCAAGAGGGUCAUCAUCUCUGCCCCUUCUGCGGACGCACCCAUGUUUGUGAUGGGCGUGAACCACGAUAAAUACGACAACUCCCUCAAGAUCGUCAGCAACGCCUCCUGCACCACCAACUGCUUGGCGCCCCUGGCCAAGGUCAUCAAUGACAACUUCGGCAUCGUGGAGGGUCUCAUGACCACCGUCCACGCCAUCACUGCCACCCAGAAGACAUGGGUGGAUGGCCCAUCAGGGAAGCUGUGGCGUGAUGGCCGAGGGGCAGCCCAGAACAUCAUCCCUGCCGCCACCGGCGCUGCCAAAGCUGUGGGCAAGGUCAUCCCAGAGCUGAAUGGGAAAGUGACCGGCAUGGCCUUCCGCGUCCCCACACCCAACGUGUCUGUCGUGGACCUGACCUGCCGCCUGGAGAAGCCUGCCAAAUACGACGACAUUAAGAAAGUGGUGAAACAGGCCUCAGAGGGCCCCCUCAAGGGCAUCCUGGGCUACACUGAGGACCACGUCGUCUCCUGCGACUUCAACAACGUCACCCACUCCUCCACCUUCGACGCUGGGGCGGGCAUUGCCCAUGACCAUUUUGUCAAGCUGGUCUCCUGGUACGACAACGAGUUUGGCUACAGCAACAGGGUGGUGGACCUAAUGGUCCACAUGGCCUCCAAGGAGUAAGCACCACCCCCAAGACCCCCCCCCCCCCAGUGAGCACACUAAGAGGAAGAGAGAGGCCUCCGCUGCUGGGGAAUCCUUCCCCCUACUCAUCCAACACACUGAGAAUCUCCUGACCUCGGGUUUCCAUCCCAGAUCCCCUGAAAAAGGGGGAGGGGCCAAGGGAGCCCCACUUUGUCCUGCACCAUCAAUAAAGUUCACUGAACCCC